GGUGAUCAGGUGUCACCUGGUCAAGUGUGUCGCCCCUGGGUGGCCUGGGCCUGGGUCUUCCGACCUCUCACCUGGGCCUUACGCUGCGGUCACCUCAUCCAGCUCUCUUUCACGUCCUCGAAGAUUUCUGCCCUUUGUUCCCCUCACCCGUCUCCCCGGGGGUGCCUCCCUGAGCCCCCGAGGGGCUUGGAUUCCCAGAGACACUUCCUCCCCAGCACUCUCCGGGGCUCUGCCUCCAGCUGUGUCAUUAUCCGAUGAGUGUCUGUCCCCCUUUGCGAAUGUGAGCGGCGAGAGGGCCUGGCACGCAGCAGGUGCGCUAAGUAGUGAACGCGCGGAGCCAGAGACUGACACGGAACGGGCGUGUCCAGCGCCCAGACCCUGCCAGGAGGAAGGACCCGCGCCCUGCGGCCUCCUCGGGACCCCGCAGCGCCCCCCGCUUCCCCCUGCGGAGCCGGAAGCCGCCGGCUGGUCCCCUCCCCGCGGCGCCUGCAGCCUUAUCUCUGCGCCCCGAGGGCCCCGGGAGGAGCCGCGGGCGCACCGGGAGGGACGGGCGGCGGCAUGGGCCGGGGGCCCCGGGGUGCAGGCCCUCCUCGCCGCCUGCUGCCGCUGUUACUGCUGCUCGGCCUGGCCCGCGGCGCCGCGGGAGCGCCGGGCGCCGACGGUUUAGAUGUCUGUGCCACUUGCCAUGAACAUGCCACAUGCCAGCAACGAGAAGGGAAGAAGAUCUGUAUUUGCAACUAUGGAUUUGUGGGGAACGGGAGGACUCAGUGUGUUGAUAAAAAUGAGUGCCAGUUUGGAGCCACUGUUGUCUGUGGGAACCACACAUCUUGCCACAACACCCCCGGGGGCUUCUAUUGCAUUUGCCUGGAAGGAUAUCGAGCCACAAACAACAACAAGACAUUCAUUCCCAACGAUGGCACCUUUUGUACAGACGUAGAUGAGUGUGAAGUUUCUGGCCUGUGCAGGCAUGGAGGGCGAUGCGUGAACACUCAUGGGAGCUUUGAAUGCUACUGUAUGGAUGGAUACUUGCCAAGGAAUGGACCUGAGCCUUUCCACCCGACCACUGAUACCACGUCAUGCACAGAAAUAGACUGUGGUACCCCUCCUGAAGUUCCAAAUGGCUAUAUCAUAGGAGAUUAUACGUCUAGGCUGGGCAGCCAGGUUCGUUAUGCUUGCAGAGAAGGAUUUUUCAGUGUUCCAGAAGACACAGUUUCAAGCUGCACAGCCCUGGGCACAUGGGAGUCCCCAAAAUUACAUUGCCAAGAGAUCAACUGUGGCAACCCUCCAGAAAUGCGGCACGCCAUCUUGAUAGGAAAUCACAGCUCCAGGCUGGGCGGUGUGGCUCGCUAUGUCUGCCAAGAGGGCUUUGAGAGCCCUGGAGGAAAGAUCACUUCUGUUUGCACAGAGGAAGGUACCUGGAGAGAAAGCACUUUAACAUGCACAGAAAUUCUGACAAAAAUUGAUGAUGUAUCAGUGUUUAAUGAUACCUGUGUGAGAUGGCAAAUAAACUCAGGAAGAAUAAACCCCAAGAUUGCAUAUGUGAUAUCCAUAAAAGGACAACGGUUGGACCCUAUGGAAUCAGUUCAUGAGGAGACAGUCAACUUGACCACAGACAGCAGGACCCCAGAAGUGUGCCUAGCCCUGUACCCAGGCACCAACUACACGGUGAACAUCUCCACAGCACCUCCCAGGCGCUCUGUGCCAGCCGUCAUUGGUUUCCAGACAGCUGAAGAUGAUCUCUUAGAAGAUGAUGGAAUAUUCAAUAUUUCAAUAUUUAAUGAAACUUGUUUGAAACUGAACAGGCAUUCUAGGAAAGUUGGAUCAGAACACAUGUACCAAUUUACCGUUCUGGGUCAGAGGUGGUAUCUGGAUAACUUUUGUCACGCAACAUCGUUUAACUUCACAACGUGGGAGCGAGCGCCUGUAGUGUGUUUGGAUCUGUACCCUACGACUGAUUAUACGGUGAACGUGACCCUGCUGGGAUCUCCUAAGGCGCACUCGGUGCAAAUAACAAUAGCAACUCCCCCAGCAGUAAAACAGACCAUCAGUAACAUUUCAGGAUUUAAUGAAACCUGCUUGAGAUGGAGAAGCAUCAAGACAGCUGAUAUGGAGGAGAUGUAUUUAUUCCACAUUUGGGGCCAGAGAUGGUAUCAGAAGGAGUUUGCCCAGGAAAUGACCUUUAAUAUCAGUAGCAGCAGCCGAGAUCCCGAGGUGUGCUUGGACCUGCAUCCGGGUACUGACUACAAUGUCAGUCUCCGGGCUCUGUCUUCGGAACUUCCUGUGGUCAUCUCACUGACAACCCAGAUAACAGAGCCUCCCCUGCCGGAAGUAGAAUUUUUUACGGUGCACGGAGGACCUCUACCACGCCUCAGACUGAAGAAAGCCAAGGAGAAAAAUGGACCAAUCAGUUCAUAUCAGGUGUUAGUGCUUCCCUUGGCCCUCCAAAGCACAUUUUCUUGUGAUUCUGAAGGCACUUCCUCCUUCUUUAGCAACGCCUCUGAUGCUGAUGGAUACGUGGCUGCAGAACUACUGGCCAAAGAUGUUCCAGAUGAUGCCAUGGAGAUACUUAUAGGAGACAGGCUGUACUAUGGGGAAUAUUAUAAUGCACCUUUGAAAAGAGGGAAUGAUUACUGCAUUAUAUUACGAAUCACAAGUGAAUGGAAUAAGGUGAGAAGACACUCCUGUGCAGUUUGGGCUCAGGUGAAAGAUUCGUCACUCACACUGCUGCAGAUGGCGGGUGUUGGACUGGGCUCUAUGGCUGUUGUGAUCAUUCUUACAUUCCUCUCCUUCUCAGCGGUGUGAUGGCAGAUGGACACUGAGUGGGGAGGAUGCACUGCUGCUGGGGCAGGUGUUCUGGCAGCUUCUCAGGUGCCCACACAGAGGCCCCGUGUGACUUCCGUCCAGGGAGCAUGUGGGCCUGCAACUUUCUCCAUUCCCAGCUGGGCCCCCUUCCUGGAUUCAAGAUGGCGGCUAUCCCUGUGAAGUCCCUCAAAAGGAGAAAACUCAGGAAUUCUGAGUCUUCCCUGCUACAGGACCAGUUCUGUGCAAUGAACUUGAGACUCCUGAUGUACAGUGUGAUAUUGACCAAAGGCUACAGAUCUGUGAAUCUUGGCUGGGACUUCCUCUGAGUGAUGCCUGAGGCUCAGCUCCUCCAGACACUGCAAGAGAAUCUCUGCAACCUCCUAUAUAAGCAUCUCUGUUAAUUCAUUUCGAAUCCAUUUUUUACAAUAUGCAGUGAGAUAGGCUUAAGUUUGGGCUAGAGUUUGACUUUAUGAAGGAGGUCAUUGAAAAAGAGAACAAUGAUGUAGGCAAACGUUUCAAGCACUUUAGAAACAGUACUUUUCCUACAAUUAGUUGAUAUACUAAUGAGAAAUUAUACUAGCCUGGCCAUGCCAAUAAGUUUCCUGCUGUGUCUGUUAGGCAGCAUUGCUUUGAUACAAUUCUUAUUGUCCUAUAUAUUCAAAAGUAAUGUCUACAUUCCAGUAAAAAUAUCCUGUAAUUAAGAUUGUUCUUCCCUUGGUUAAUUUUUUGUUACUAAGCAUCUUCUAAAAAUGCUCUUUGCCCCCUGUUAGAAACUGAGAUUUGGCCUACUCUGAAUAUGCUGAGUUGACAGAUGGAGUCUAUUUAAUUAUACUUUUAAAUCCUGAAU